CUGGGAAAAGCAAAGGUUGAAAGACUCUCAGGGUUCCCAAUGUUCAUACAUUUAACGUGUCCCUUUUAAAAUUUAACGUGUCCCUUUUAAAAUCCGGGGGGUUCCCAUUUUUAAAAAUCCCCAAAAAAUACAAUAGGCGAGCAGCGUGUUUUCUAUUCUGCAGCGGCUUUUCGCGUCAGCGCGUAAGAUUAAAUGUUUGCGGACCAGUUGGUGUUGACACACACUUUUAUUUUUUUCGUUCUUUCUUUAGGUUUGGGAUUCGACUCAUAGAAUGGGCAAACGAAGAUUUCGCGAAGAGAAAUUCAGUCUGAAAGAUAGCAUUAAUGAUUUGUUCGAGAAUGGUGAUGCCCAAGAAGAAAGUUUCCAAGGUAAAUUUUCAAUAUCAAGUUUUUAUAGAAUUUUGUUUUUUAUUUCAGAAUUGGAGACUGCUUCGACGAGUAGAAAAAGUUCAGAUAGACCGAGUUCUGCAAAUGGACCACAAUUGAUUUUGAAUCUUUCGAAACUCAACGGUGAAUUAUUAGGAGGAAAAGACAUUUGCGAAUUGGUUCAUCAUACACUUUUUCGUGGAUUAGUUACAAAACCAAAAUGGGCUUUUUUGAGAAAACCUCGAAGUGUUUUACAACAAUUAUUACUACGAGUAGAUGUUCCAAUUGAUAUGAUCGUAAGUUUUUUUUCUUUUGUUCGACUAUAAACACUAUCAAUUCCAGGAAUCAUCUUCAUUUUCCGAUGUUGACACAUUUUUCAAUCGAGAAUGGUUAUCAAUUGAUUCGAGUAUAUACGAUAAAUCACAAUUUUGGCACAAUUUGAUGAAUGUGAAUCUAACUAUACAAGAACAGGUUUUGGAGAACUUGGAGAAAGCUGAAACAAAUGAGGAACAUUUCGAAAAACUGAAUUAUUUAUUAUGCACCGAUGAAAUGGCUGAAAAUCUCUAUCCGUUUCCGGGAGAGCAAAACAUUGUUACUACUAAAAAUCUAUAUGCUAAAAUAACGGACGAUUCGCCAAUGUUUUCGAUUGAUUGUGAAAUGUGUAUCACUGAAGCACAAUGUCAUGAAUUAACUCGAAUAUCAAUUGUUGAUGAAGAAGGUGCUGUUUUAUUAGAUACUUUGGUCAAACCAGAAUCUAGAAUUGUUGAUUAUUUGACAAAAUUUUCGGGAAUCACAGAAAAAAUGUUGGAAAAUGUUACAACAAAAUUAGAAGAUGUUCAAAAAGCGGUUCAAGCUAUUUUACCACCUGAUGCAAUUCUUGUUGGACAUUCUUUAGAACACGAUUUGAAAGCAAUGAAAAUGGCACAUCCGUAUGUUUUUCUUAAUAAAAAAUAUUCUCAAAACUUAUUGAAAUUUUCAGAUAUAUAAUUGAUGCUUCAACAAUUUUGAGUUAUAGUGGAGGAACAACUUCAAAAAAUAGUCUCAAAAAUUUAACGAGUUUGUUUUUGAAUGAAAAUAUUCAAGGUGGUUUUGGUCAUUGCUCAUAUGAAGAUGCUUGGGCAGCGAUGAGAUUAGUAAAAAUGAAAUUGAGCGCUGGGUAUGUUUGAAGUUGAAUAUGAUUUUAAAAUUUUCAAGAAAAUAUUUUCAGAUUAAUUUUUGGAAAUGUAAAACAUGGCUGGGAUUAUAAUGAAUAUUUGAACAACCUCGCACAGGAACCAGAAACGAAGAAAAAAUCAAAAAAGUCACCAAAAACUUCAGCAAAGUGCAAAAAUUGUCAAAAGCGCUCUCACGUUAAAUGUACUGUAGAGAAUUGUGUUUGUCGAGAUGCAAAAUUCCCGGAAAUUUGUGUCGAUUGUUGGAAAAAUGAGGAAAACAAAGAAGGAAAUAUUGAUUGGAGUGAAACAUUGAGAAUUGACAAUACAAAAAAGACAAGAAAUAUCGACUAUUAUUUGGAAAAAGAUAAACAAUUAUCAGUUUUGUGUGCUUUUGAGAAACACGAGUUAGAAGAUGUUGAACACGCUGAAAAGUAAGUCAGAAUGAAUUUGAAUUUAUUCAGAAAAAAAAACAAAUUUUCAGAGCGAAGUGGAUUUUCUCAAAUAACAUUGAAAACCAUGUAAAUGAUAUAAAAAUGGAAAUGAUGCAACAUAAUUUGAUUCUUGCAAAUUUGAAUUCUUCAUAUUUUCGUGGAAUGACACCUGAAAUAGCUAAUGAGUAUGUUUUCUUCAAAAAUUGUCUUCAAAUUGUUUUUUUUUCAGAGAGGAAGGUCAAAUUGAAGAUACAAGUUCACUAAUUAAUCAAAAAAUAAUGGAAAUAAUUUCAGCAACAUCGCAGAAUUCGCUAAUAUAUUUGAUUUUGGCAUCGCCAACUAAAUCAAUUUUAUAUGUUAAAUUAAAACAGUUACAGUAA